AGGUUUGUAGAGAAAGAAAGAAGACGUCUGGGGAAGACGACAUCAAGCCAGUUCUUCCCCCUACAUUCGGUAUUUUCCUGAGGCUCCCGUACUGGCUACUCCAGAUCGUGGUUUCAACAGCUGAAUUGUUUCAUAAAUUGGAGUUUCGGUUACAUGAGUUGAGUGCCCUCUGAAUUUCCUGAGAAAUGGGGGUUUUGUCGAGGCGGGUUGUCCCUGUCUGCGGUAACCUCUGUUUCUUCUGUCCUUCAUUGCGUGCCAGAUCCAGACAACCUGUAAAACGAUAUAAGAAGCUACUUGCUGAAAUCUUCCCUCGUAAUCAGGAUGCUGAACCAAAUGACAGGAAAAUUGGGAAGCUUUGUGAAUAUGUUUCAAAGAACCCAUUACGAAUUCCUAAGAUCACCAGCAAUUUAGAGCAAAGAUGUUACAAGGAGCUCCGGCAUGAGAACUUAGGAUCUGUUAAAGUUGUGUUAUGCAUAUAUAGGAAACUUUUAUCUUCUUGCAAGAAGCAGAUGCCACUGUUUGCAGGUAGUUUAAUAGGGAUUGUUCGAAUUCUUUUGGAGCAAACUCGGCAGGAUGAGCUGCGGAUUCUGGGUUGCAGUACUCUUGUUGACUUUAUAAAUAGUCAGGUGGAUAGCACAUACAUGUUCAACUUGGAAGGCUUGAUUCCCAAAUUUUGUCAAAUGGCUCAAGAAUCAGGUGAUGAUGAAAGAGGUCUCCAUUUGCAGUCUGCUGGAAUGCAAGCUCUGGCUGUCAUGGUAUCUUUCAUGGGGGAGCAGUCCCACAUAUCAAUGGACUUUGACAAUAUAAUAUCAGUGACUUUGGAGAACUACAUGGAUCUUCAUAUGGACCCAGAUAACACCAAAGAGGAUGGACAAUACUCUCAACCUCAAGUUCAACGGGUUCAAAAAGUGUCUAUGCCUGACGGGAAUGGCUCAUCUUUCCCAGAUAUUAGUAAAAAGGUUUCUUCCAUACAAGACCUCCACGAUCCCAGAGUGGAUACUUCUAAGAGCCCUUCUUAUUGGUCUAGGGUUUGCCUGCACAAUAUUGCGAAAUUGGCUAAGGAGGCUACAACAAUACGGCGUGUUCUUGAGCCCGUAUUUCACAUUUUUGAUACUGAAAAUCAUUGGUCCCCAGAAAAAGGAGUUGCUUCCUCUGUAUUGAUGUUCUUGCAAUUGCUUUUGGAAGAAUCAGGAGAAAACUCCCAUUUGUUAUUAUCAGUCUUGGUGAAGCACUUGGAUCAUAAGAAUGUUGCUAAAAAACCUCUUCUACAGAUAGAUAUUGUUAAUGUUAUCAUACAACUCGCCAAUAGUGCAAGGCAGCAGGCAUCGGUUGCUAUUCUGGGUGCAAUAUCUGACUUGAUAAAACAUCUGCGUAAAUGCUUGCAUACUUCGGCUGAAUCAUCCAGCCGUAUGGAUGGACUGGAUAAGAGGAAUGCAGAUCUUCAGUCUGUCUUAGAAAAAUGCAUUUCAAAGCUCUCAAAUAAGGUUGGAGAUGUUGGACCCAUUCUUGAUACAAUGGCUGUAGUCCUAGAGAAUAUUUCAACCAGUACUGUUGUUGCUAGGACAACGAUAUCUGCCAUUCAUCGAACAGCAAAUAUUGUUGCAACCAUCCCUAAUAUUUCAUAUUACAAGAAGGCUUUUCCUGAUGCUCUUUUUCACCAGUUGCUUCUUGCGAUGGCCCACCCAGACCAUGAAACAAGAGUUGGGGUGCACAGUAUUUUCUCUAUUGUGCUUAUGCCAUCCAUGCUUUCUCCUUGGUCAGAACAGAACAAAAAAACCGCACAAGAUGUUCUUGGGCAUCCUUUCAUUGCUAAGUCGCAGAAAAUAAGGAAUGAAAGUUUCUGCUUUGAGGAUGAUGAUGAUCACAUGAGAAAUGCAGAAAAAAAUAAUGGAGGGCUGAGGGAGGAAAGUCAAGUAUUGGAUAUGAAUGUAAAGCAACUUGCGGUUAGUCAAUCUCAUAGUCAUUUGUACAGCUUCAAGCAUGCUAUGUCCAAUGGAAAAAUGCUAGCUUCCUUCCGAUUGAGCAGUCACCAAGUUAGUCUUCUGCUUUCAUCAAUAUGGGUUCAGGCAACCUCUGCAGAGAACACCCCAGAAAAUUUUGAAGCUAUGGCUCACACUUAUACUAUUGCCUUAUUAUUUACCAGAUCUAAGAGCUCAAGUCACGUGGCCCUGGUGCGUUGUUUUCAGCUAGCAUUCUCCCUUAGGAGUAUCUCUAUGGAUCAAGAAGGAGGCCUGCAACCAUCUCAGAGAAGGUCUAUCUUUACAUUGGCAAUGUACAUGCUUAUUUUUUCAGCAAGGGCAGGCCGUCUUCCACAGCUGGUUCCCAUUAUCAAAGAAUCGCUAACAGAUGAAAUAGUUGAUCCUUAUCUUGAGUUAGUAGACGAUAUCAGACUGCAGGCUGUCUGCGUAAAAUCUGACAAGGAAAAGAUAGUGUAUGGAUCACAGGAAGAUGAAGUUGCUGCAUUGCGGUCCCUCUCAGCGAUAGAGUCAGAUGGACAUCAUUUGAAGGAAACGAUAAUAUCACACUUAAUGACUGAAUUUGGGAGUUUGUCAGAGGAUGAAUUAUCAGGCAUAAAGAAGCAACUUCUAGAGAGCUUUUCGCCUGAUGAUGCAUACCCAGGAACUUCACUGUUUAUGGAGACGCCACGGCCAUGUUCUCCUCUCGCCCAAAUGGCAUUUCAGGCUUUUGAUAAUGAUGAGGUCAUGCCUUCAGGUGCCUUGACAGAUGAAGACACCUUCACUGAACCUAAUGGAAGCCACUCAGAUCGUAAAAGUUCUAUAUCCAUCAAUACACUUGACGUUCUAAGUGUCAACGAGCUUUUGGAAUCGGUUUUUGAAACAGCGAGACAAGUUGCUAGCCCUCAAGUUUCCUCAACACCCAUACCUUAUGACCAAAUGAAGAGUCAGUGUGAAGCCCUUGUUACGGGUAAACAGCAGAAGAUGUCUGUGCUUCACAGUUUUAAGCAGCAACAAGAAAUGAAAGCAGUACUUCCUUUUAGUGAAGCUGGAAGUGAAAGCAAAGACCCCUUGUCGCCAAACAUGAAAAUCGAGUUUUCAGAAGGUGAUCCGAAGGUACAUAGAGAGGAGCAAAUACCUGCGCGGGAUCGACUUGCCCUCUGUUCACUUGAAUAUGGGCAAAAUUCUUUCAGAUUACCACCGUCAAGCCCAUAUGACAAAUUCUUGAAAGCCGCUGGAUGCUAAGAAAACUCGAUGUAUCUUAUAUGUACAGAUAACUAUUCACAGUUUAUUUCCUUCGAACCCUCCUCCCCCCCAAGAAAAAAAAUUUCAAAAAAAAUUCUUUUUCAUUUUUUUGUAUUCUUAAAUAUGGAGGCCCUAUUAACAUUGGUAGUAAAUAAAUAUUCGGUAUAGUUUGAUGAUGCUUCUACUAGUCAUCUCCAAAGGGAACGAAGAGGGAGGGAUUCAGAACAAGGGUUGCUAUGUGCACAGACAAAUGCUUUGUACAUUUUGAUCUAGAUUUGUUAAUCUCUAAAUCGAUGUUUGUAUAAAAGAAUUUCAGUUUUUCUGUGCAAGUGUACGUUACGGUAUUUAUGGUUGGAAUACAUUCAUUUUUUAGUUAUUUUCCUUAA